AUAACGGUUUAAUUUGCAGAAAAUCAUAAUUAGCCAAAGUUAUAGUAAUUUAUAGCAUGAAGUGGACGCAUGGAAUCGUUACAAACAUUUUGAGACCAGUAUCGUUAAUUUUGAACUACUGGUUCUCGAGAUAUUCAAUUUUAUCUCUUUUCGAAUUCGACCAUUAAGUAACAUUGUGAUCUGUUUUCAUUGUACGUUCUUUAAUUCACAAUAAAUUAAAUGUUACAUAAAAUGACUACAACGAACAAUUAUGAAUUCAUUAGACUUCGCAAAAAGUAGUCACUGACUGUCAACACCAAUUAACUGGAUAUCUUGUAGAUAUCGCGUCAUAUAUAUACGCAAUUGUUGCAAGUGAGGGUCUGUUGUUGCACCAUCCGUGCUACAUUUUACAUAAAAUUGUAAGUUUCAGCAAUGUAUAGAUGAGAAUUCAGUAAUUGUUUAAGUAAAGUGAAGAUUCCGUAGUGGAUGUAACAACUGAGUGCUCAUAAUUCUCCAAAUUUAGGGCAUUAUCGAUGUAUUUGUCAAGUACUUUGUAUCAUUCAUAACCUCAAGAACGUUUAUUAGGUUAGACUCAGAAUGGCAGACGUACGCGAUAUAUUGGACAUUGAAGUGCCCACGACCAGUGAGCUCACGAAGGAGUCGAUUAUAGGAGCCGAGAAAAAGAACCGAAAGAAAUAUGAGUAUAAAGUACCCAAGCGACCCGAGGGUAUGCACCGUGAGGUGUUUGCAUUGUUGUGCAAAGACAACAACGACGUACCACCACUGUUUCCAACGGACACAGCAAAAGGAUACAAGCAAGUCCGAGCUAAGCUUGGUAUGAAAAAAGUUAGACCAUGGAAGUGGACUCCUUUUACUAAUCCUGCGAGAACGGACGGAGCAGUGUUCCACCAUUGGAGACGAGUAGCCGAUGCUGGCAAGGAAUAUCCCUUUGCGAAAUUCAAUAAAAAGAUUCCUAUUCCUUCUUAUACUAAUGCAGAAUACGUACAACAUUUAGUAACAAAUGGGUGGACCAGAGCAGAAACGGAUCACUUGUUCGAUCUGUGCAGAAGAUUCGAUCUAAGGUUCAUAAUAAUAAAAGACAGAUGGGAUCGUACCAAGUUUCCUGCUAGAUCUGUAGAGGAUUUGAAAGAGAGGUAUUAUCAAGUGUGCGCCGCUCUAACAAAAGCAAAAUCCCAUACUGAUAAGGUCUAUAUAUUUGAUGCAGAGCAUGAGAAGCGUAGGAAAGAACAGUUGAAGAAAUUAUUCGAGAGAACACCGGAGCAAGUAGAAGAGGAGCAAAUGUUAUUAGCUGAAUUGAGAAAGAUCGAACAAAGAAAGAAAGAAAGGGACCGGAAAACCCAGGAUUUGCAGAAAUUAAUAACUGCUGCCGAUCAUCAAGCCGAUCCCAGAAAGAAUGAAAGAAAACCUCCAAAAAAGAGUGGGGCUUCCUCUAGAAACAGACCAAACAAGACUGAUACAUCUCACACGGUCGAAUCAGCCGGUAUCAAGUUCCCAGAUUUUAAGAAUAGCGGCGUUUCGCUCCGUUCCCAGAGAAUAAAGUUGCCAAGUAGCUUAGGUCAAAAGAAAAUGAAGGGUAUCGAACAAAUGCUUAACGAAUUGAGGUUAGAAUUGAAUCCACCGCCUACAGAACAGAUUUGUCAGCAAUUCAACGAGCUAAGAAGCGACAUAGUUUUACAUUACGAGCUCAGGAGCGCUCUGUCAACUUGCGAUUACGAAUUGCAGUCGUUGAGGCAUCAGUACGAGGCUCUUGCACCUGGGAAGACUCUGACGAUACCGCCGGCGUUGCUACCAAAAACCGAACCGGAAGUCAAGGCAGAUAUAAUAGAUGUGGUGGGAUCACCGAGCAUGCCAACGAUUACUCCACUCUGAAAUGAACUAAUUUCUUCUCCCAGCUGUAUAUAAUUAAUUUUUGAGCGUUACGUGUGUUAUUAUUACCAAUUACGUGUGUUACUGUACCAAUUUUUUAUAUUGUGUCGGAUAAUGAUUAAAAAUAAUUUGACGGACAAAGUUGUCGUUACCCGUAAGCUAUUUAUUUAUUUUCUAAGAAAAAUGUUCAAUGAAACGCAAAGACCGGGGUGAGAUUGAUUGCGGUUUCGAAAAUAAAAAAAGUAA